AUGGAAUAUGCAACACAGAUAGAUCCACAGCAUCGGGCACUUCUUCGUUGCACUUCAAGCAUGAUGUGCAGACAAGAUCUACGAUCUUGCGCAGCAGUUGGAUGUUACGUCGGAAUCGCAACUCAAGACUAUGAUUACCUCAAGGUGAAAAUGAACGUUGAGGUGAGCGCACACAGUGCAACAUCCACGACGCUGAGCGUCGCUUCCGGUCGACUGGCAUUCACGUUUGACCUAAAAGGACCGGCCCUCAGCAUUGACACCGCAUGUUCGUCGUCCCUCGUUGCCGCACAUCUCAGUUUUAUCAGCCUAAUGAAGGGUGAUGUAGAAAGCACAUUGACAUGCGGAGUAAACUUGAUAUUGAUCGAAAGAAACACAAUAAUGUUUCAGCGAGCCGGCAUGUUGGCCCCCGAUGGUCGGUGCAAGACUCUCGAUGCAUCCGCUGAUGGCUAUAUCCGAGCCGAGGGCUGCGAGAUAAUCUUGCUCGCGGCUUCGUCUGAUGAUGUAAUGCAACUAAAUGUCGCACUUGGCGGUUCGGCAGUAAACCAAGACGGGCGAUCAAGCUCGCUCACAGCACCAAACGGUCCCACUCAACACGCUGUGAUCAAGUCCGCACUGCUUGACGGGCGCUUCUCAGCUUCUGACGUGACGAGCUUGCACUUACACGGCACUGGCACGUCGUUGGGUGAUCCC